GCAUGUCUUGACUGGAUUAAUGUUUGAAUUUACUGAUACAAGUUAUGAUCAUGUCGAGACACAAAAGAAUCUAUCAAGUUUUGAAGAAAUUGGAAAGAAUAAACAAAAUGGGUGUAUAAGUGAUGAACUUUUAUUUGAAAAAGAAAUUCUUUGUGUAGAGUUGAAAUUUGAUAGGUAAUAGUUUAAAAUUAAUAUUUUAAAGUUG